UCCGCCAAGCGGCAUCUGACGUUAUUCGGCACACUGCAGAGGGAAUUCUGAAAGGUGGUAGCGUACGUGUCGCUUGUUGUUUCUUUAAUGGUACAGAGAAAACGCAAAUGACUGAAUCUCUUGUUCUUCGUGGGACUCUAAGAGGUCACAAUGGCUGGGUUACGCAAGUUGCAACCAAUACAAAAUACCCUGAUAUGAUUUUAUCGUCAUCUAGAGACAGGUCUUUGAUUCUCUGGAAGUUGACACGCGACGAUACAAAUUUUGGUGUACCACAGAAGAGACUACAAGGCCACAGCCACUUCGUAAGUGAUAUUGUAAUUUCGACAGAUGGACACUUCGCUCUUUCUGGGUCGUGGGACAAGACACUACGGCUGUGGGAUUUGUCCAAAGGAAUAAGCACUCGUCAAUUUGUGGACCAUACGAAGGAUGUUUUGAGCGUGGCUUUCUCUGCUGACAACAGACAGAUAGUAUCUGGUAGUCGUGACCGCAGUAUAAAGCUAUGGAAUACUCUGGCACAGUGCAAAUAUACAAUGAAGGAUGAUGGUGGACACACAGACUGGGUCUCUUGUGUUCGCUUUUCGCCUAAUGUGCAGAACCCAAUUAUUGUCUCUGGUGGUUGGGAUAAGAGAGUAAAGGUGUGGGGACUUUCUAAUUGCAAGAUUAAAGCUGACCACAUUGGACACACAGGCUACCUGAAUUCAGUCACCAUCUCACCAGAUGGUUCUCUCUGUGCGUCUGGGGGCAAGGACUGGACAGUAAUGCUUUGGGAUCUGAAUGAAGAAAAGCACUUGUAUACUCUGGAGCACAAGAGCAUCAUCAAUGCACUUUGUUUCUCUCCAAAUCGAUACUGGUUGUGUGCUGCUACUGGGCCUUCAAUCAAAAUUUGGGAUCUGGAAGGUAAGCUGUUAGUAGAUGAACUGUGCCCAGAAGUGCUUAAUCAAUAUCAGGGAGUGGACGCAGAACCACCGCAGUGCCUGUCACUCGCAUGGUCAGGUGAUGGACAAACUUUGUUUGCGGGCUACUCAGACAACCACAUUAGAGCAUGGCAGGUCAUCACCACUAACUCGUGAGGCACACUGGAAAUUUGCUGUUUUUUGGUUCAGUUGAAAGUUCCUAUUUUUGUUGUCAGUUGAUGAGUUCCUUCAUUGCCUUUUUUGUUUGUUGUUAUUUUGUUAUGGUUAGACAUUCUGUGAUAAAUCAAGGCAGUGGACAUCUGCAGUACCUGUUUUAUAAUUGAAAUUGCCUUGAGCUUCAUCUUACAUGUUAAUGCUCUACAGUAAAUAUUUUUGUGUGUGUUUUCAUAUGAGACUGAUUAUGUGCCAUAAAUAAGAGUAAUUGAUUUCAUGUCUGUUACUGGGAAGAAAUUUUUCCAGAAGUCAUUUGUUUCAGGUAAGAUGAUGUUACAAAUUUUUCUUUGUGAAAAUUCAGAUUACGGUUCCUGUGGUUUUAUUGAAGUACAAACUUUUUCCUUCGUUUUAUUUGCAAUUGAUUUCUUCCUUCAGUGAAGUGAUAUGUUUCGCUGUGAUUUUCCUUCAGUGUUUCUGUCCUGAUGUAACAUGAAUUGUUAGUUAGCAUGUCUUAUGCUUAAAGUGACAUAAGUUGGGGUGAAAUGUUCACCCACAACAUUUUUUCAUUGCCAGUCUUGUUGAUUUUGUUAUGUUCCUAUAUAUUUGUUCAGCAUUAAAAUUUUGCACUGUGAUAAAACUGUUUAGAUUAAGUGAAUUGUUACAAAAAUGUUGAUGUAUCAAUUGCUUUAUUUUGAUAAUACAUUGUGUUUGCAGAAA